AUGAAGCAGAUACCCUCUCCCAGACUGUUGUUGCUGUGCCUCGGCGCGCUAACAAACUGGGCGCUGGCAGCCACGCCGUCCGUGUCCGUUUCAGUGAAUCCCUCGAUCCAAUUCCAGGAGGUGGACGGGUUCGGAUGCUCCGAGGCCUUCCAGCGCGCUGAGGAUGUGCUGGGCAAGGACGGUCUGCCGCCCGUCAACCAGACACUCGUUCUGAACCUCCUCUUUGAUCAGACCGUCGGAGCCGGGUUCACCAUCUUGCGAAAUGGCAUUGGUUCCAGCAAUAACUCGGCGAGCAACCUGAUGAACUCGAUCGAGCCGUUUCCUCCGUCCGAUAGCAGUCCCUCCUCGCCGCCGCACUACGUAUGGGAUGGCUAUGACAGCGGUCAAUUCCCGCUGGCGGAACAGGCAUACCAGCGCGACUUGCAGAGUCUCUACGCCAAUGCCUGGUCCGCUCCAGGCUAUAUGAAGACCAACCAUGACGAGAAUUACGGCGGUUAUAUCUGUGGAGUGGCCAAUACGUCGUGUUCCACCGGUGACUGGAUGCAGGCGUAUGCCAACUACCUCAUCCAAUACGUUCGCUUCUACCACGAGGCUGGAGUUAAGGUCACGCACCUGGGGUUCUUAAACGAACCACAGUAUGCGGCCGACUACGCCAGCAUGUUGUCGAGCGGGGCCCAGGCGGCCGACUUCAUCCGCGUGCUCGCCAAAACAGUCAAGGAGUCCGGCUUCGAGCUGCAGUUGACCUGCUGCGAUGGAAUCGGCUGGGAUGACCAAGAAGCAAUGCUGCCUGGCCUGCAUGCAGGACCGGACCCGGCCAUCCAGUACCUGUCAGUCCUCACGGGCCAUGGAUACGAUUCGCCGCCAUCGUAUCCGCUCAGCACGGCGCAUAAGACCUGGUUGACUGAGUGGGCCGAUCUGACGGGAGACUACACCCCAUACACCUUCUACCAAGAUGGAGGCCAGGGAGAAGGGUUGACCUGGGCAAGCCGCAUUCAAGUGGCCUUUACCCAGGCCAACACCAGCGCCUUCUUGUAUUGGAUUGGCGCCGAGAACUCGACCACCAACAGCCCGCUCAUCAACUUGCUCGACGGUGUGGUCGUGCCCUCCAAGCGGUUUUACGCUUUUGCCCAGUUCAGUCGCUUCGUCAGGCCAGGUGCCCGGCGCGUCGAGGCGGCCAGCUCCAACCCCGUCGUCACGGUGAGUGCGUUCCGAAAUCAGGAUGGCACCCUCGCCACCCAGGUCAUCAACAAUGCCACGAGUUCAUACGAAAUCGACGUCAAGGUUGACGGGCUCGAGACUGGCGUUUCGGUGCAGCCCUAUCUCACCAACAAUGAGUACGACUUGGAGCCUCUCGCAGAGAUUCGGACCACGGAAAAUGGUACAUUCAAGGGAAGAGUGCCGGCUCGAUCCAUGAUCAGCUUCGUCGCUAGUAGAUAA